CCGGCACUUUCAAUUCUGGCAUCAUGGCCGAGAGGCGAAGCCGGCGAGUGGCUGUACUCUCUUGUAGUGCAGCUGCUGCCGGAGUAGCCUUUGUGGCGCCAGGCUUCCACGCCCCGUCUGGUAAGCCAACCAAUGUUGGUGAGGCGCCGCGCGUGUCGGCCGGAUGGAUUUCGCCCGCUGUUUCGGCCCCGGCGUCGAUGCCGUUGAUGUCGCUGUCUUUGGCAGCAGCAGCUGUGACUUUGGCAAUGCGACAGAAGAGGAACGGACCCCGUGCUGUUGCACGCAGAGGUCUAUUUGAUGGAAUGGAGGCGAACCUGGAGCGGAAGUUGCAAGAACAAUUGCAGAGGCGCAGCCAUCAAGCAGCGCAGAUUGAGAAGGGAGCUGAAGACCUUAAAAAACAGAUGGAGGAGCAGUUGGAGGUGGAAAGACGUGUUGGAGAAGAGCUGAGGAUGCAGAUCGCUAUGUUACAGGAGAUUUACACUGAAGUCAAUGACAAGCUGGAGAUGUCGCAGAUUGCACAGCAAAAGAUGCAGGCCAGCCGGAACGAGCUGCUCUCAGAAAUGGCCAAUUUGCAGGAGCGGCUUUCGCAAGCUGAUGCUGAGAGUAUUCAGAGGCAGGUGGAACUGGAGGCUGACAUCCAGCAGAAAGAGAAUCGAAUUACUCAGCUCGAGAAAGAGAAGACAACUCUGAUGGAGAACUUGAAGCAACUGGGCAAGCAAGUGAAGGCAGACCGUGAAGUUGCAGAAGCGAAGGAAGGCGCCUUGCAGACACAGCUUGCGCAGAUCGAAGCUCAGUUGGAGGUGACCACCAAUGCGACUGAGCAGGCAAAAGGCGAGCUGAAGAGUGCAAAGGACCAGCUGCAGAGCCUCAAUGCCAAGGUGGCGCAGCUGGAUCAGGCUCUGCAAGGAGCACGCGCCAAGGAAGUGCAGCUCACCCAGGAAAUGCAGGCAGCUUCGGUGGAAGUCAAACGUCUCCAAAGCGAACAGAAGGUCUUGGAGGCAGAUAUCUCUGAUGCACUGCAGCGCGAACGAAAUCUGGCGGUCCAGCUUGCCAAGGCUCAGGAAAAAAACCAAGGCUUGGAAGAUCGUCUGCCAAAGAUGGAGGAGGAGAACCAGAAGCUGAUGCGACGAGUCAACCUUUUGGAGACUGUUGCUCAGAAUGAGCAGCUUUUCUCCGCGAAGCUGACGGAGUCGCAUGCACAGAACGAGAAGCUGGCAAGUGAACUUCAACAGUUGGAGGCCAACCUCAAAAUGAAGGAAGGCGAGACCAGCAAACUGGCUGCCAAUCUGCAAGCCUCACAGGAGAAGACUCGCGCAGCUGCUGUGCAGGCACAAACUUAUGAAGCGCAGGCCCAAGAGUCAGCGCGGAUUGCUGCGUCUCGGACACAAACUUUGGAAGCAGAGAUCCAGGAGGCUAAGCGAGCACAGGCCAAAGCCCAGGAAGAAGCUGCACAGGCCAAACGCCUGGUGGAGGAAGCGAAAAUUGCCGAACUGAAGGCAGUGGAGGAGGCGCGUUCUGCCACGGCCGAGAAGGCGGCUGGUCUUUUUGCAGAGGCCGCCUCAGCACAGGAGCGAGUUCGGCUCGCCUUGGAAGCUCAGGCAAAGGCAGCCAGGGAGGCUGCAGCAGCUCAGCGGGCUGCAGAGGAGCUUCAGGCGAAAGCAACCAACAGCUACCAGCUCCCAUGGCAGAAGCCUGCCUAAGAGGCACCCAGAUUUGGCACACAUUUCUCUUGUUUCGACUGGCCAACGAGAAAAUCUCACUUUGAACUCUUGGAUUUUUACGUUCCAGCACAAUGUGGAUA